GGCAAGCGCUAACACAGCAGUGGCAGCGGGGCAGCUAUAGCGGCGGACUCGUGACCUGGAAUUCGCAAGUUACAGACGUCUGUGACAGCAAUAUGGCAUUCAACGCAAGUGUGGACUCGCAGUUGACGCAACACAUGCUGUUCGGAUGGGUGGACCACCUGUCGUUUGCACUCAUGCUGGGCCUUUCCGCAGCCAUCGGUGUUUAUUUUGGCGUGUUUGGUCGCUCCAAGAAUACUGCACAAGUGGACUACCUGCACGGCGGAAAACGCAUGAGGGUAUUACCCGUCGCAGUGUCACAAGUAUCUAGUCAUAUUUCUGGAAUCACGCUGAUGGGAGUGCCUGCAGAAGUAUACCUAUACGGCAGCGUCUACGGAUGGAUUUGCUUAUCAGUCAUCAUUUUCGCACUCAUCACCAACUACGUGUUCCUUCCUGUUUUCUUCGAUUUGCAGCUCACAUCAACUUAUGAGUACUUGGAGCGCCGCUUCAGCCGUACGAUUCGCUUAUUUGCAUCUGGAUUCUUCACGCUCAAUCUGGUGCUUCACAUGCCUUUGUUCGUGUACAUGCCUGCUAUCGCACUAAGCCAAGUGUCUGGGAUCAGUGUCCACUGGAUCACUCCUCUGGUAUGCAUCGUCUGCAUUUUCUACACUAUGCUGGGCGGCCUGAAGGCGGUGGUGUGGACGGACUUCCUGCAGAGCGGAGUCACGCUGGCAGCCUUCAUCGCGGUGCUUAUCCUGGGGGUGGUGAGCGCCGGCGGCUUCGCAGAGGUGUGGCGGGCCGCCGAUGAGGGCGGCAGGGUCUCCUUCUUCGUGAUGACCCCGGACCCCUUCGUUCGCAGCUCCUUCUGGGCAGUGGUGAUCGGCGCGACGGCAUCAUUCGUGGGAGGCUGCGCCGUCCACCAGGGCAUGGUGCAGAAGUUCAUGUCGCUGCCGGAUCUGGCAGCUUGUCGAAAGGCCCUGGCUGGCUUCACUUUUGGCAUAAUCCUCAUGAAGGUCAUCAGCGUCUUUUCUGGGUUCCUGCUCUACGCCACCUAUCGCGACUGUGAUCCUGUCAAAACCCACGAGGUGUCUCGUCCCGACCAGCUGCUGCCCUUCUACGUCAUGCGGGUGGCCGGCCACGUCCCCGGACUGCCGGGCCUCUUCGUCGCCGGCAUCUUCGGCGCUGCCCUUAGUUCCAUGUCUGGCACUCUCAACGCUCUUUCUGCUACUAUCUACGAGGACUUCCUGCUGCCACUGAUGCCCAAAAAGAAGACGGAUUUCCUGGUGAAUUUUAUAAUGCAAGGUAUCGUGCUGGGUGUGGGCAUCGUCACCGUGGGAAUGGUCUUCAUUGUCGAGCGGCUGGGAACAAUUCUGGAGCUGGGCUACAGCGUGGGAGGCGUGACGAACGGCGCGCUGCUCGGGAUAUUCACACUCGGCAUGCUGGUUCCCUCGGCCAACACCAAGGGAGCCAUCGCGGGCAGCCUCUGCGGCAUGACCGCCGUGGCGAUCCUCAUAACCGGCGCGCAACACGCCACAGCCACCGGAAGAGUCAGGUACCCGCCGCUGCCGACUUCCGUGGAGGGAUGUCCCAGUAACGUCACAGCCAGCGUGCACACCGCCGCAGCAGCCGCCGCGACCAGCUCUUCGGCGGACGACGUGCCGCUGGUGUUCCGGCUGUCGUACAUGUACUACACUGUGGUGGGCGCCCUGAUCGUGGUCACCGUCGGCUGGGUCGUGAGCCGUCUGACGGGUCCUCUGAAGCCCGGCGAGAUCGACCCCAGGCUGCUGGCGCCGCAGGUGCGACCCGCCGACCUGAGAAGAGCGGCCCAGGACGACCCCGCUGUCGCAGAGGAGCUGCUGCCACGCGGGACACAGCACAAGCCCGCCACCGACACCAACCCCUAGCUAAUGGGUACCAGGGGAAAAGCGUCUGCCACAAACACUACGACAGUGUACGUGGUUGGCGUGUAAGUUCGUAGCGUUUUUCCAUAAGUUUAAUAAACACGACAGACGCACAUAAGAGAGAUUUAGUCACCAAUAGUAUAUUGCCCUCCACUUCAACAGUUUUCCAACGAUGGGGUAACUUUGUGAUUCCGCUACUGUAGAAAUCACGUGGUUUUGAGGCGAAGAACUCGUCGAGCCAUGUUCGGAGCGCAUUUUCACCCAGAAAGAAGUUCCUUGGAGUUUGUUAGGCAGAGAGCGGAAAAGGUGAAAAUCUGAGAACGAAAGAACAGUUAAAUAAGGUGAGUGCGGAAUGGUUUCCCAACCCAAGGCCUGUAAAGUGUCUUUUCGUCAGUCUAUCAGAAUGCGGGCGGGCGUUAUUGCACUGUUGCUGGCCGUUAUUGUAGGAUUACGUCAGCAAGACGUCUCAACUGUUCACACGUCGCGGAAGCAACGCGUCAUACACCCACUGCCAGUGUGCCGCCAGCUGCAUAACAUUAUCUUUUGUAGAUGCGAGUAGCUCAUUUCAUGGGAUUAACCGUAACAUCUACCAGGAAUGAGACAAGGUAGAAAUGGUCGGCGUCGUUCACGAACAAAUUAAUGACGAGUAAGCAGAGAUGCACAAAUGGCCACUCGCUGAUUUUUGUCAUUUUGGCUUAGAGCCAGCGGUACCUGUACACCCUAUCUUUGAUCCUUCCCCAGUGCAUGCAAAAGUCUCAAGAUGAUGCAAUGAUCGUAGUUCAUCCUAUGUAUGAGUUCUCGAGCGCACUGACAUGAAUAAUUGCUGAGUAACACGUUUAAAUGAUCUUUAUUCGUAAAGUGGAAUAUCACUAAUUUAAAAAGGAAACCUUUUUAAAACGACUAAAUAAUUUUGUUGCUGCUCUCUGAUCCAGUGACAUUAUCGCUACACACGGUGCGAACAUUUCCGGCUGCCUCUGCUGCUGUCACCCCUCCAUCGAACUAUUAUAUGGUGGAAAUGAUCCGAUUUCUUUACUUGGCACUUCCCCUUUCUAGCGUCUUCAGCUCCACUCACUAUGUCGAAGUGACAAAUUGACACUACGUUAACUUAUACAGCAACAGUGAACUACAAUAACAAAAUGACACUCUACAAGUAAACCCAUAGCAACCGGAACUGAAAAAAAAAACAAAAAAAAAAAAAAAACGCUACGAACUUAUGCACCGACGUAAUAUUUUUACUUCAGAUUGAAG